UAAUAAAGCCGAAGCAUGCAACUUGUUCUCAUAACUGAUCGAGAACUGAAGGUGUGCGCAUACGGAGGAUAUCAAUCAUUGUUGAAGAAAAAAUUAAAUAUUUUCUUUUAAAAAAAUUGUUUAUCGAAUUUGUUGCCGAAAAUCCGAUCAUUUCUCGAAUCAAAAUCAUUUUUAUUGUUGUUGUUUUUUUUGUCAAAGUGUAACUUAUUCAAGUAAAGCGACUUAUUUGUGUGCACAUUUGAUAUUUGUGAUUGUAAAUAAAAUUGUUAUUAUAAGCGUUUGUGAUUUAGAAGAGGAAAAAAACCGAGGAUCAAUCAUGUUUAGUAUUACCCUUUUUGUGAGUUUCAUUGGCAUGUGUUUGGCACAAUCCGAAUAUAUGACUGUUAAGGAUGGUUGGCUAAAAACAUGUCAAAUCGAUGAUCCCAAUUUCGAGGCCUGUUCCCGGGAGAGUAUUCAGGGUUUAUUUAGGCAAUUGACGACAGGUAUUGAGGGUUUCACGGCAAUCGAUACAAUCGAUCCAAUGAAAUUAAAUCGAAUCAAGAUAUUCCAGGGUGAAGGUCCCGUUAGCAUUAAUUCAUCGCUUUCGAAAGCGUCCGUAACUGGUUUUGCAAAUACUGAAGUUCUUAAAAGCAAAGUCAAUCCGAUUGAUUACAGCUGGGAGACGUAUUUGUUUGUGCCAAAGAUUCGCAUCGAAGGAAACUAUCAUAUGCAAGGACGUAUCUUAGUCAUUCCAUUGAAUGGCCACGGCAAAUGCUGGUUUGAACCAAAAAAUAUGAACAUCACAUUGAAAACGAAAACUCAUCUUUACGAAAAGGAUGGCCAUGUUUUCUACAACAUCACCGGCACCCAAGUCGAUUAUACGCUCAGCGGCUUGAAACUGCGUCUAGAUAAUCUGUUUGACGGUGUUAAAGUUUUGGAGGACAGUACGAAUCAGUAUUUGAAUGAAAACUGGCGACCAGUUUCCGAUGCAUUGAAACCCAUCCUGGCCAAAACCAUUGAAGACAUUCUACUUGUGAUUUUGAACAAGGUGUUCCACUACAUUCCAGCCGACUACUUGAUCUCCGACAUUGCGCGACCAAGCACACUCUACGGAUAAAAUUCUAAUUCUUGUAAUUUUUUUUUUAAUUUUCUACGGAGGAAACUUGAUUGGUCGUUAAAAUAUUACUGUAGUUUUUUUUUAAAUGUAUAGCAAGAGUAGAAUUGUCAAUCAAUGUAUGAAAUAAAAUGUACCGAAGGUGAAAUAAAGUCUAUAUUAAUUUAAA